CUUUAUUGUUUUUCGAAGUAUUCUCCAUGAAGAUUAAUUCACAUCUGCAUGCGCUCGAACCAAUUUUCGAAGCACUUAUUCCACUCGUUUGCUGGCAGAUCCAAAACGGCAUUUUUGAAUGCGUCAACUGCUUCUUCUGGUGACUGGAACCUUUGACCACUCUGUUUUUAAUUUUCGGGAAAGUAAAGAAAUCGUUAGGACUUAGAUCGGGACUAUAAGGAGGAUGGACCAAUAAUUCCAC